AUGAACAGAUAUCAAAAAAAGGUAUUUUUAUGUUUUGUUGAUGGAAUCCAUUACGACUGCGUUUAUCCACGGUCUGUUAUUCAACAUACAGCUAUUUGUCAAUCUGUGAUCUAUGAAGUGCUGUAUCAGGGUGUGUUUGGUCUGACCUCGGAGCUGGAGGAAGCUGUAAUGUUUAUUCGUCAGCAGAAGAAAGGAACCAGAGAAAACAGUUUUUCUGAAAACCUGGAGAAUGGAUUUGUGUAUCCAGACGCUCCAACUGAGAGACCAGCUUACCGUUCCACUCCUCCAUUGCCAUAUAGAAUAGCAAAAGCUUUGGAUCCUGCUUUUUUCCGAAAUGUCGAACUAGACAUUAUUCAGGAAGAGAAAAGAGAAGCAAAACUCCGUAACCAGCAGAAAGGAUUCAGUGCAGGGUUUGCACCUGGUGAUAAAUGUCAGCUUUGUCUUUCAACCCAGCCUAGCAAAGUGUACAACGGGCACAUACAAGAACUGACUGAUAACCAGGGACCAGUUAUUGUCUUUAUUGAAGAAUUAGGGGAGAAGAGAGCAGUUCCAUAUGACAGUUUACGCCCUUUACCUCUAGCACCAAUCAACGGUUGCACGCCAUCAGUGGGAAACAAAUCAAAACGCAAGAAGGGCAUACCCCUUUCUACAGACUACAGUCACCAGCAGUACCAUAUUACAGGACGUGGGCUUAACUGGAAUAUCAGAAGAAAUUUUGAUAUGGGACGGAAAGUGAUCCCGACAGAACAGCCAAUGGUGAAAACGGGCGAGCAGAUGGAGCACGACAAUCACUACUGCCAGCUGCCAUCCCCCAUGCCCAUGUCGACGGCGCCAUCCCCCCUGGUAGCCAGUCCCCCCAUGACGCAGGCCCCGGGCUACUGGAUGUUGACAGUGAACGUUCCAUUCCUCAACACCAUCGGGCAGGUGAACCUCAACUGGAUGCCAUCGCAGGAUCCACAGGGCAAAGACUUGCCAGUAGCUGACAUGAACACACUGAGAUACUUCUUUAACCUAGGAGUAGAGUAUCACCGUGUGAGUUCCAGCCUUCAGCAGGCUCAGCAGCCCGUGGUGUCACAGCUUGGGCCACCACUGCCACCACCACCUCCACCACCAAUGAUGAUGACCGAUAUGAUGACUCCGACGUUAACGCUGCAGCCACAGAUGGAUCAGGGUCAGUGCCAUCACCAAUCAAACACCAACUGUAACAAAUAUCGGCCAAAACAACUUAGACAGGGUAGUUCAAAAAGUUACCAAAGUACCAGCACGGUCAAUGGCGAGGGCAGCUCUGCGUUGCUGGAGAUGGACAGAGAUAUGGAUUCUUAUAGUCUUUCCCAGGAGAGUGGCUGCCUCAGUGAUUGCUCUGACAGUCUGAGCCCCACAAAGUCAGAAGGGCUGUCUGAGGACGGGGACUCUGUUGACCCGGUUACCACUGGUGGAAAGCAAGACAAUAGGAGCUUAACUAAUUCUGAUCUUUCGGUGGAGGGUGUCCAGGAACAAAGCAAGAGCACGAAAGGAAAGAAAAAAUACUAUAUGUAUGGCUCUCACAAACUUGUGAAGCCCAUCAAAGAAAUUCCACCACGCUUUCAAAGUCUGUUGGCGGAAAUGAGUGCCGCAAAGCUUCGGUGUGAAGGACAGCUUAUUUAUAUUCAGAGCGGUUUUGAUCAGGAUGCAUCCAGUCAUCUGAAUGUUGAUGCUAAUUGCUUUGUUCCUGGACCAGAACCGGUUAAUGGUUUUCCUUCUGAUGGGUGUGGUGGUGGUGGUAGUACUAUUAGUAGUGGGCAAGUUAGCUUUAUCCCUUGCAUUAUGCCUCCGCCUAACUCUGGUGCUGUUAACCCUCCUGCACUGCCUCAGAUGACAUAUGUUGGUCUACCCACUGCCCCUCCUCCUCUUCCCCCUGCAAUUAAUAAGCCCCCACCCACACCCGUGACUAAUGUGCCUUGUAGUUGCUGUGCCACUUGUCAACAGCCUGUUAAUGCUACUCCUGCCAGUGCUAGACCUCCACCUGUUAACACUCCAGCUUCUGCUGCUAAUGUACACCACUCUGGAUGUUCUAAAGACUCCAAUUUCCCUGUACCCAAUACUGUUACUUCCUCACAGCCAGUACCAACGGGUACACUUCAAAACCCUGUAGCAUCGUUGACAUUUGUGCCCCCGACAUCGAUGGCUUUUAUUCCGCCACCUCCAAUGCCAGCCAACUCUGGCUUGACCUCUAAUGCUUCUACUAAUACAGCCACUUUCUCUCCUAACAUGCCUGCUCCUGCUCCUACUGUGCUGUCUCCUCCUCCCUCCUUCUCUUCCUCCUCCUCUUCCUCCUCCUGUGCCGCCUCCUACUCCUGUUGCCAACAGCACCUCGGCACAGAGCCGUGCUGUGCAAGUAUCAUCGCACCCUUUACCUGGUGGUGGAAGCUAUUAUAUAUAUCACACUUCUUCUUCAUCCACAGGCUUUACUGCCAGCCACAGCAUGUCUGCACAAUCUCCAGUGUACUAUGUCGUUAGCCCAUCUUACGCGACCGCCGCGCCUUGUGGCUACCAGCCAGGAGCAGUACCUGCUGGCUAUGGAGUGAACAUGCACUGUCAAGCUGCUGUUCAGUGAAUGGAGGCGACCGUUUUCAGAGACUGUCUGAAUUUGACACGAGAAUAUGCUGUAGAUGCUUGUGGCUAGCCGACUCGAGCAUAUCGUGUGUUGUGUGUGUAUGUGUGUUGACUUGAUGAUGUCGGUUAAAGCCCGAGAUUCAGAUACAUGCAGCAGCUGCAGAUGCAGUGAAAAUGUGCACUGAUUACUAACAACCAAGACAAUUUACAUUAUUUUUUUUAGAUCAGUGGUAUCGUUUGGACGAAUGGUGCCCAUGGAAGUCCAAGCAGUCUAAAUUUUAUGUGUUGAAUUGAUCAUGAUUUAGUGUGUCUGUUGACUAACGGUGACCUUAGAAAUCCAAGCAGUCCAAUUUUAUAUGUGUACGAACCGAUUGAUGAUAGUUUAGUAUGUUUGUUGACUUAUGGUUAAGGCACAUUUAUGUAUAUUGGACUCUUUAUUAGUGUAGUUUAAGCAGAGCUUUAGUAGCUCAACAUUUGACACAGGUUCAUGUCCAGUGUUGGUAUGAAUUUCAGACCAGGUUUAGCACUGUUAGAACAAUUUAGACUAUUAUAUAGACUAUUAGGACACGUUUACAGUGUAGACAGUCAGGACAAGUUUACCAUCUAGACAGUUGGGACAAGUUUACAGUGUAGACUGUCAUGACAAGUUUACAGUGUAGACUGUUGGGACAUGUUUACAGUGUAGACUGUCGGGACAUGUUUACAGUGUAGACUGUCGGGACAUGUUUACAGUGUAGACUGUCAUGACAAGUUUACAGUAUAGACCGGACAUGUUUACAGUGUAGACUGUCGGGACAUGUUUACAGUGUAGACUCGAAACAAAUUUACGGUGUAAAAUGUUGGAAAAGUUUACAAUGUAGAUUGUCCGGACAAGUUUUUGGUGUAGACUAUCAGGACAAAUUUAUGUUGAAGUCUAUUAACUGAAAUAUUUUUGUAUAGACUAUCAACAUAUCUAACAUAAAUUGAGAUGAUAUCUUGGACUGACACUCUAAGGCAAACCCUCGAGCAAGACUCUUGUACAUUUAUAAAUAAAACAAAGACAGACCAGUAAAAAUGGUGAAUGUGACAGCAGUGUGUUACUUGCCAGUUGUUCGACAGCUGUGUACAAUGUGUACUGCAAACAGUUGUUUUCUUGUAACAGUCGUACUUAUGCUGUAGACAGCAUGCAUAGACUGUCGGAGGAAGAGAAUGAUUUCGGACAACACUGGAACUGUUUAAUAUGGAUUUAUUUUUCUUUGUAGUAUAUAUAAUUAUGUAUUUAUAACUAAUAUCCAAUUAUACUUUGAAAAUGACACAAAUAUUGGUAAACUGUUAAUAUAAUAUUGUAAAGAACAUGAUGGUUAAGAGUUAGUACAAGUGUUUAAAUGCCCAUAUGGUUCAAAAUAUCUUGGUUUGUAUGAAAGUGCUAAAUUCCACAAACAUUGAUGAACAGUUGCUGAUAUGGUAAAGACUAUAAUGGUCACGUUUUACUAUUACAUAUAAUUGUUAAGACUUUCUAGAUUCGUAUUAAGGAGAUACAUUCCACUGUGAAGUGAUCACUAUUACAUAUACUUGUUAAGACUUUCUAGGUUCGUAUUAAGGAGAUACAUUCCACUGUGAAGUGAUGACUAUUACAUAUAAUUGUUAAGACUUUCUAGGUUCGUAUUAAGGAGAUACAUUCUACUAUGAAGUGAUUACUAUUACAUAUAAUUGUUGAGACUUUCUAGGUUCGUAUUAAGGAGAUACAUUCUACUAUGAAGUGAUGACUAUUACAUAUAAUUGUUAAGACUUUCUAGAUUAGUAUUAAGGAGAUACAUUCUACUAUGAAGUGAUUACUAUUACAUAUAAUUGUUAAGACUUUCUAGGUUCAUAUUAAGGAGAUACAUUCCACUGUGAAGUGAUGACUAUUACAUAUAAUUGUUAAGACUUUCUAGGUUCAUAUUAAGGAGAUACAUUCCACUAUGAAGUGAUUACUAUUACAUAUAAUGAAUUGCUAUUCCAUGCAGUAGGAUAAUAAUAAAACCAAUCCGGUCUGACAGAUUUGAUGUGAAAGUGUUUCUCAAACACUUGUCCUUUCCAGACUCUUAGCUGUUUUGUGUUAACCAAGUUAAUCGAGAAAUAUUCUACCGCAUAUGCUAGUCACUGAUCACAACACAUUGUAUACUUACAGAAAUUUAUUGGAACAUUUGUCAAUUUCUUUCCUUUACCUGUUAAAUUUUACACUUUGUUUACUAUAACUUAAGUGUAAUGUUUUUCAAUGUUGUAAAGUAAUUUCAUAUUCUUUAAGUGAAUUUAGGAUUCAGAUUUAUCACCCUUAUGACCUUUUGUCUCCCCCCCCCCCCCCAAAAAAAACCCCAAAAACAAAUCCAAAAUGUAUGUAUAUAUGUGGUGACAGCAAGUAUUCUUCAAUCAUCUAGAAGUAUCACAAUCAUAUUAUGGUAGAUAACAAAAUAACUGUAGUUUAAAUGUUUUUAAACAUGCAUUCCUUUCCUUUUAAAAUACUGUGUUAAAUAGUCGUGUGUUUUAAGACAAAUGAUUGUACAUCAUCAUCGUAGUCCUAUUUUAUGCAAUAUUGGGUGCAUUUGCAGCUUUUAACUGGGUCUAAAAUUCAUUGGUUAACCAGAUUAAAGCUUGGUUAAAACUAAACUCUUGUAUCUACAGUUGUAUCAUGUUUAGGUUUUUUCAUAUUUGAUGUAAAUCGUAUGCACACCUCUGGCUAUGAUUACAACCAUGACCUCAGGGCAGCAUUAAUUCAAAUUUAUUUUUACAUUUUUGACCCAGUUAUUUAUUGGAAAAUUAUUUCUGAUCUGGAAUGUGAUUAACAAGGUAACCUUUUCCUGAAGUAAAACAAGUUUAUUUCAUUUUCUUUUAAAUUGGUCAAUAUAGAAAGAACAAAAUGUGAAUAAUAAAGGAUGAAACCUUUGUUAUAAUGGAUUGUAUUUGGUGGAAAUCUGAUGAGAUGACCUCACAUUUCAGGGUGGGCAGCAACAUUUUGCUAAUAUUUCAUUGGGUGAAAAAGUUAAAGUAGGUUUUAAGAACAUCUAACGAAUUAGAUUUAAUCUUUUGUCCAGUUUAAAUGUUGAUGAUCUUGGUGACUGUUCAGUGUAAGGAGGUUUGAAGAACUGGUUACAGGACUGAAGUCUUUGGUAGUAUUAUGUAAAGAUGAUAGCUACAUGUACUAACACAAGCAUAUUGAGGCAUUAUAACCACAGCAGUGUCACUUGUAAAUUGUGUAAUAUAAUUCUAUGAUCCGCUUCUUGUUCCGAAAGCAUAUAUAUAUAAACCUUUCAGAUACACUGAUCUCCAUUGUUACAUGUAUAGAUACUGCUGGACAGAGCAUUACAAUCCUCUUGAGGGCUUGCAGUUGAAAAAGAAGCCAACUUAGUUUAGUUGACAGAGAAAAUUUAUUUAUAUUUUCUUAAGUGUGCCAAGAAUAUUUAUAAAAUUAGCGUAGUUGUAAUAUAUGUAUUUGUUAUAUAACUAGAGUGAAAUAUCUGAAAAUAUCGGUGAGAUUAAAUGGUGUCAUUCGUCACUAGUAAGGAUAAUGUUUUUACUCUUAAAAAGUCCAGCGCAGAUCCAGGGGUACAUUCCACCUUUAGUUUCCACAGAUGUCAAAAAAAGAUAAGUGUAUUCUUGCACCUCUUGCCUUGUCCAAUGUCCCAUCCCUUUCAGAAAGCACUGGAUCUGCACCUGAAAGUGCUAUCAUCAGAGUACAGCACUUACUGGGUGAACAGGUAAACCGUAACAGUGGGAAAAUCACUUGCAGUGUUUGUUCUUUAAACCGUUUACUUUUGUGUUUUCUCAUUUCACCACAGUUCUGUUUUCACCAGGAAUCUUGAUUUUUUUCACCAACUCUGGAAAAAUCCCUAAACUUGUCGCAAAAGAUAAAAUGGCUAAAAGUCAUUUGAUUUAAUAUGCACCUAGUCACAGUUUUGUAUAUAUAUCCACAUCUUCAAAAUGAGCGAAAGAAAGUUAUUAAUAGUAUGCCCAAUACAUUAGUAUCCACUGCCGGCUUGAUUUCAACUUGUAAUCAUUUGCCAGUUGUUUAUUAUUUGCACUUGCGAACUAUAUGCAUGACAUAACAGUCCAAUGUCAUGGUGGUGAUUUUUACAACUAACAAGUGCUCGAUAAUUUUGGUGGAGUUUUAAAAGACUUUAGAGAAUAGAGGUCAAUUAACGAAAGUUACAUAAUAGAGAAUUUUAUGUUUUCAGUCAAAUUAGAUUGAUAUCUCAUGAAGUGUGCAAUUUCUCAGGUUGAGUGAGCAUGAUAUAAUUGCAGAUUUUACUCGAUAAGAUAUAAAUCAAAUUACAUGGAAAACAUGAAUUAUACUUUGUAUAACUUAAGUAGGUUUAUUAUGUCGUGAAUACUUUGUAGAUGACAACAUGCAAGUUGUAAACAACUAGAAGCACUUUUGAGUUAGCCUAGUAAUGUAGUCCAUAGCUAUUGAUCAUGUUUGUUACAUUAUUAAGACUUUUAUUGUGUAAUAUAGUUCAUUUUCUGUUGUCAACUGCCAGUCGUUAAUGUAUAUUUAACAGAUACUCACAGCUUACGAAAUUUCCAUUUUAUUUUUUUGCAAAAGCUGUUUGAAACUGAGUAAUUUUAGCAUUAAUAUUAAACUAACAGGUUGACAUCUUUAAAUAUUGCUUGUAUAUUUUAAAAUAUUUUCAUAUCCAUAUUAAAACUAAGUAUUAUUUUCUUCACCAAAAAAAACUAAGAAUUAAAUUCACUAAUUUGUAGAAAUGAGGAUUUAGUGUUAAGAGUGGAAUGUGGUUGUUAGGAUAAAUUAUACAAACUUUUUACUUAUGCAUAAUAGUGGAACACUGUCACGAACACAGAGCUAACCAGCAUUUUCAAUUAGUUGUUGUUGUAAAUUAGUUGUACAUGAUUUGGUUCUGAAACGUUUUCAUCUGCAAGUUUGUUUGGCCCAGAUUACAUUUAGUUUAUGAAUUUGGCUUACAACUUGUGGCAAAAUAAUAAAGAUAACAACAAAAGAAUCUUUGAUUUCAUGUCAUAAACCUUCAUUAAGCUGAAAUUUGAUGGCAGUUUUUCAUCUUCCAAGUCUUCCAAAUUCACCCAUAAAGUUUUUUCAACAAAAACAUAGUACCGGUAACCUUAAAAUUAUAAAUCUUUAUUGUAAUGGUUGGUUUGUUUUCUCUCCAUCAACUGGAGUAACAUGUCUUCAGAAAAACCACAUUUUAUGCAUAUUAUAAAUGUUUUUUUGGAUCUAUUUACCAAUUUUAUUAUUUCAGCUUCAAUCAUAUACAUGUACCUGUAUUAAUUAUGUUAAUUAAAAAUGCUUUUUUCAUUAAUCAUUGGACUUGCGCAGUACAUUUUGAAAUAUUUCUCAUUAACUGAAUGAUCAGUUUGUCAAUUUUAUGAUGUUUGUUGUUUAUGAAUAUUUACAUACAUAUAUUUCAUGUUUUAAUGUCUAUUUUGCUGUUGUAUAUUCUAAAAGACAGCAAAAUUAUUUUAGAGCAGCAAAAUAAAUUUUAUGUAUUUUGAAUUUAAAUCCAGUGAUUGUAGUUUGAAUUUAGAACCAUUGCUAUUGCUCACUAAAACGCAGUGCGACAGGAUAGAAGAUUGCAAAUCAAUAAUAUUCUCAUUAGUAUCAUUCCGUUGUACUAAAAUGGCAUCUGUCACAUUCAUAAUGAAGCGGUCAAGGUAACGGCAACUGAUAGUCAUGAUUUCAUAUUUCUUUUGCAAUAUGGUAAUUUGGCCAGAGUAUUUCAUGGUAGUUGAUGUUUAAAAUGUUAGCAGUUGUUCCAUUUCAUUCACAAAUAAUAGAUAUGAACUGUAAGACUUCAAAACAAAAUUACUGUUUAAUGUCUAAAAUGUAUUCCCAUUGUAUACAAAAUUACUAAAUUUGUGUUGAGGCUUUGCAAACAAAUUUGCAUGGGAAUUUAGACAUAUUCACCAAGUAAUUAAAACAAUAUUAUUAAAGGUUUUGAUAUUACGUACAGCCCAAAACAAUGAACUUCAUGGGUAUUAAAACUGUAUUACUGUAUGCAUUAGCAGAGAUGCCAACCAUUAUGAAUUUGGCAGAAUCAUGAAUUUAAAACAUAUAUUUAUGCUGUUACAAUUGUCUUUGUUCAAAAUUCCGAUAUUUAGAAAGGAAAUCGUAAUUUCGCAUCUUUGGUGUCGGAUCAUAUUUUGGAAGGUACAAAUGUUGUUGACACCGGAGAAACAUUUUUCCCUCUUCACAAUCAACAAUCGUAGAUUGGUUUCCUGCCUUGUUCUUUAAGCUUAUGGAUUCCGAAUAGCGAGCAUAGCAAGCGUGGCAAUAUACAAUAAACCAGUCUAGGAAUCGGUCUGCUGAACAACCCCGAUAUUUGCCGAUGGGGUACGGCCUUGAACUUGACUUUGCCAAAAUGUCGAAAAACGCGCUCCUGAGCCAUCACUGAUAACAUUCCUGAUUUUUAACACUCCAACUAGGGUUGGCAUCUCUGCAUUAGUAUUACCGUGUUAUAGUAUUAUAGGGCCUCCAUAACUUCCAUAUUACAUGUUUUAUUCUCGAUUGCAGAUUAACAAAUAUUUUUCAUGUAUUUUGCUUUUUACUGACUACUGUUGUUAUCUAAAGUGAUUGUUGAUAAUGUUGUAAUUUAUUAUUUCACAGUUUUUGUGCUUUCAGAAAAGGUUUUUCUGAAACAUUUCUUUGUUUUAUGUAGGCAUUAAUUCAUAAUCAUUAGAAUUAUUUCCAUUAAAGUUUAUGACAUUCUGUUACAUUGCUUGUUUUGUUAAUUAUUUUUUUCUUCAAAUUUUAAUUGAUGUUUGAAAGUUUGUGAAGUGAUGUUAGUGAAAUUGGCUGUUGUUUUUUUAAUUAGUUUUAUAUCUGUAUUAAUGAUACAUUUAUUACAUAGCGGUGAGAGAGAUCCAUGCAACAAUAUUUCCGUUCGUCACUUUGUGAGGAACGAGUAAAUAAAUGUCAGUUUGGUUAGCGACAUCAUCUUUGUAAUUUCCCAUGAUUAUUUGGUAAAAGAAAUUGCAUUGCCAUGCACAUACAAUGUGUUGCUUUGUAAUCAAUAUAAUUUACUAUACCUGUUCCUGUGAAAGAUCGUCUAUAUUAUAACUUGUGUGUGCUUUCACUGCUCGUCAGUUUUCAUAUGUGAUGUAUAAUUGAACACACACUUAAUAUGAUGGUUUUUUAUAGGCAUUUGUUUAAAGUCCUCUAUGCAGGCACAUGAGCAGAGGGGGCAUUUGGGGGGGGGGGUCAAGCCACCCCCACCGCACCCCAUCCCCGACUAAAUUUUGUUUUAAAUUUAUUCCAGGCCAGCACAAACUGAUGCCCCCCUAAAACCUGUUUGCCACAGUCUAGAUCCACCCCCUGCAGUUUCUUGCACACACCGUCUAUGUAGAUCACAUGGGACAGAAGUUACUUUACAAAGUUAAGCUUGUCUUUAAGAUGCCAUAAUUUCUUUUGUUCAUAAAUGAAAAUAUCAAUAUUUUUUUCAGAAAUUCCAAAUGUUAGCACCGCCUGGAAAUUGACCCUGUCCUAAGUUAACAUCACUGAUCUACUGUCAUACUGGCUCUUUUAGAACUUGGUGGAUACACAAAUCAAAGACACUUUGAGGGGAGACUUAAUAAUACACUAUAACAUGCAAAUGCAAAUGUAUUUGGUGCCGUAGAAAAGCCUACUGCAUGGAAGCAUCUCUCUAAACUGAAUGCCAUUAUAGUGCAGAACUAAACUAAACUACCAUAAACCUGUUUUGUUUUCCAAUGUUUUAGACUGCAUUGAAAAGAUGCUUGUGCUAAGGAGUCAUUCACAAAUGUCAAUGUUUCCAUGGGCAUACAAAGCAUACUCUGUUUUCUGUCUAUGCACACCCCACUCCCCCACCCCACGCCUCCCACCCUCCGAAAUAAAAGCAAAUAUCAAAAAUGUUGUUCGUGCAAGAGCUUCUUAAGUCAACUUGGUUUUUUUAAAAGCAUUAAUCCCCUCCAGUGUCCUUUUAACAAAAACAAACUUUAAACUUCUUAACUUUAAUCCCCACCCCUUGAUGCAGUUUUAGAAUGAAAAACCCUUCUCAUUUGUAAAAUCAACAUUUUUAAAACAGUUGUAAGAAAGCGGGUAUACUUUAUAUACCUGUGAAAAUCGUGAACAAGAAGUUUGACCAUCAUUUUUAUUGAUAGAGAUGCUGUAAACAACCUCAUAGUUCACAUAAAGGUGAAUGGUGCCAGACACACAAAACAUUUAAUAAAGUAUGUGUACAAACUAACUUGGGACAGUUCCAGGUUCAUGUUUAAAUCCAUCCAUCUUUUGCAUCCUAAUACUUUUUCAAGAAUGCACCAACCAUAAUUGGUGCAAUUGUUUUGGUAAAUGGUUCAAAUAGAUGAGUUUCUACAAUGGAACAUUGAUCUACAAUCAUUCAAACUUUGUUUAAAAUCGUAUCAAAAGUUUAUUAUACUAAAAAUGUGAACCAUAAUAAAAACCAUCCAGACGUCAUUGGAUCCAAAAGGUUAAAAAACACAAAUAAAAGGGUGAUUAAAUUUGUCAUGUACCAUCUUAUAAAACAGAACAUUUUCUUCAUGUGAUCAUUGUAACAGACCUCUGAUGAAUUGUUCUCUACAUUUUAUGCCCUAAAUACUUAAUAAAAAAUAUUUCACUAUA